AUGAACGAUGACGACCCUGGCGCUUUAAGGACUUACUUUAAGUGGACGGAGGAACUACGAGUCGACCUCUUGGUGUGCUACCAACGUAGCGAGCCGGGGGUGAGCGGUUAUAUGGCCCGGAUGCACACUCUUUGGAGUGAUAUGCAUCCGGAGCUAGAGCAUUUUACGCCUAAACACCUGCGUAAUUAUGCCGCUUAUCUUCGGCGUAAUAGAAGAUCGCUUGUGCCGGAUAGAAGGCAGUCUAAUAGACUUUCCUUUCCGGCGCAAUUACAUCAAGAGCGACGCCGUUCCUCCUUAGAUGACAACAAACCCUUUAUAGGACGGCAAGUAAAUUCGCUUUCCGCUCAAGUUUUGCUAGCUACCGCUUUAGUCCAGGUCAGUCCGCAUCAUGGUAAUCCAAUCACCGCCAGAGUGUUGAUUGAUCAAGGUUCAGAGCUCUCAUUUAUGAGACAGUCGCUCUUCAAGAAGCUUGGACAACCGCUACAGCGUGACAUGGUCAUGCUCAAGGGCAUUGGCAAUGUCUCCGCAGGAAGCUCACUAGGUGUGAGCACAAUUGAGCUUCGUUCGCUGUGUACGACCGCAUCAAUGCAUGUCAGUAUGCAUAUUCUACCAACACUGACGGUAGAUCUUCCAUCGUUCGUGAUCGCUGAUCCGAAAUGGCCGCAUCUUGAGAAUCUCAAGCUCGCUGACCCGCAGUAUCUACAGCCACGCCCUGUAGAUAUUAUUCUAGGUGUAUCACCAGCCGCACAGAUCAUGAACGCAGAGAUUCAACGAGGACCUCGCAAUGCUCCUAUUGCACAAUCCACCACGCUUGGUUGGAUUGUCUAUGGAGCUGUCACCGCUAAACACGCUUCAACAUCACACGCAGCACUACAUGCGUCAGUAUAUACUGAAUUACAAGACGCUAUCGCUAAGUUUUGGGAACAGGAAGAAGUUCCAUCAGGAAAUUCACCGCUCAACACCGCUGAAGAAGAAUGUGAAAUUCACUUUCGUCAAACGCAUUAUCGACAGCCUGAUGGACGCUACGUAGUGAGAUUACCGCUUAAGACCCUUGAGAGUCAACUUGGCGACUCUAUCAACGCAGCUAUAGGGUCACUCCGCAGAUUAAUAACUCGCUUGUCGCGAGAAAGAGAAUAUUCUGACAUGUAUCGUGCAUUCAUGGCAGAAUACAUUCAACUAGGACACAUGGUACGAGUACCAGUCAACGAAUUGCCCGCAAACGCUUACUUCUUGCCUCACCAUGGGGUAUUGAAGCUUGAUAGUGCCACUACGAAGCUCCACACAGUGUUCAAUGGUUCCUGUGCAACAUCUACAGGAAUUUCAUUGAACGACAUUCUCCACGCAGGACCCAAAACGCAAAUUGACAUUUUUGAUGUGAUGUUGAGAAUCCGCUGCAGCAGGAUUCUGUUCGCUACUGACAUCACCAAGAUGUUCAGACCGAUUGAGGUCGACUCGCUUGAUUGGCCGCUUCAGUGCAUUCUCUGGAUAGAUGAGAAUGACUUAAUAGACGCUUACUGUCUCAAGACAGUCACAUACGGAACCGCUAGUGCACCUUUUGACGCAGUACGUGUGCUUAUCCAACUAGUAAAGGAUGAAGGACACCGCUUUCCGCUAGCUGUUGCUCCAAUGUUGAAAACACGCUACGUAGAUGACAUCUACGGUGGAGCAGACAACGAAGAAGACGCUAUCAAGGCUGCAGUACAAACAAAAGCUCUGUGUGCAGCAGGCUGCUUCCCGCUUGCCAAAUGGGCUAGCAAUAGCCCACGGUUACUCGCUGAAGUCGCUCCAGAAAAGCAGCUGGAUACACCGCUUAAAGAAAUCAGUGAUGCACCAGUAAAAGUCCUGGGCAUGUACUGGAAUUCACGCACUGACGCUCUCCAGUUCAAGUACACGCUACCGCCAGAGACGCCCAAGACAAAGAGAGCUAUUUUGUCUGAAAUCGCUAAACUGUAUGACCCGCUAGGACUUCUCGCACCAAUAGUCGUCAAAGCCAAGAUCUUUAUGCAAAAUCUGUGGCUAGAUAGAGUGUCAUGGGAUGAACAAUUGUCACCAUCACUCAUUCACAAAUGGACUGGAUACCGCGAGGAUCUUCGAAACAUCGAAUCCAUCCGCAUUCCACGCUGGAAUAAUAUAGCACCUGGAGCAACUAUGGAAUUGCACGGGUUCUCAGACGCUUCGCAAAACGCUAUGGCUGCCGCUGUUUAUUUGAGAGUCACUGACGCUGAUGGGAACACAAAGGUUUCACUUCUGUGUUCAAAAACGCAAGUAGCACCGCUGAAGACCAUGACGAUCCCACGCUUGGAAUUAUCUGCCGCAUGGUUGCUAACACAACUGAUACUUCAUGUUAAAGAAGUUCAGUCGCUUGAAAAUGUCAGGAUCAAUCUCUGGACUGACUCCGCCGUGACUCUCGCAUGGAUUAAAAGUCCAGCUAUCCGCUGGAAGACAUUCAUCCGCAAUAGAGUGGGAAAAAUCCAAGAAACGCUUCGAGAUGUCUCCUGGAAAUUUAUUCCAGGAAAACAAAACCCCGCUGACUGCGCUUCAAGAGGUAUACCUACGCUAAAACUGAAACAACACGCUCUCUGGUGGCAUGGACCAACUUGGCUUCAUGAACCAGAAUCCUCUUGGCCCACUGUGGAGUCUCCAACCGACAACGCAACGCAUCGAGAAGAACGCCAAAGUCUGACACUAGUAACUUGGAAAGCAGAAAAUUGCCUGCUCCAACAAUUACUGUCGCAUUACACGCAGCUGUUUCCACUGCUACGGAAGCUUAGCAUCUGGCAUCGUGCCAUCGACCGCUUUAAAAGAGUUCCACAAUCUUCGCUGGCCUACCCGCUUACUCCAUCAGACCUGGAGCGCGCUAAAUUGACCUUGAUUAAGUUCACUCAAGGACAAUACUUCGCUAGAGAGAUUCACACGCUACAAGAUGGUGAUGGUCUGCCUAAAAAUAACAGCAUCACUAAGCUGACUCCGUUCAUCGACCAUCAGGGGGUCCUGAGAGUCGGUGGCCGCUCGAAAAACGCAUUGCUGGACCCAGAAGAGAGGCAUCCAGCGAUUCUACCGCGACAAUCACCGCUUACAUCAAUUUUGAUUGAUGAUUCGCACCGCAAAACGCUUCACGGAGGUACUCAGCUUACGCUCGCUGACUUACGCAAGAGUGUCUGGAUCAUUGGAGGCCGUGUUUCAGUCAGAUCAUUUAUUUUACGCUGCGUUAUCUGCACGAGACAUCGUGGAGAACGCACUCAACAGUUGAUGGGUCAACUACCCGCUGCACGAGUAAAUCCAACUCGAGCCUUCUUGCAUACAGGACUCGACUACGCUGGACCUAUCACGCUGAAAACGUUUCAAGGACGUGGAGCAAAAACAUACAAAGGCUGGAUUGCAGUCUUUGUAUGCAUGUUCAGAGCAGAUAAAGAGCUGAAACGACUAUUCGCUGCAGGAUCCCGCACAUUACGAGAAUUAUCAACCUUGAUCGCUCAAGAUGGCACGAACUGGAAAUUCAAUCCGCCUGGAGCUCCACAUUUUGGAGGAAAAUGGGAAGCCGCUGUGAAAUCUAUCAAAUUUCACCUUCGAAGAACAAUCGGAGACUCGCUGUUGACGCUUGAGCAAUAUUCAACGCUACUGGCUCAAAUUGAAGCCAUAUUGAAUUCCAGACCGCUCACACCGCUGAAUGAAGAUCCUGCUGACCUGGCUGUACUGACUCCAGGUCACUUCUUAAUCGGACAGUCACUGACCGCUAUCCCAGAGCCAUCGCUGACAGAUUUACAACCUGCUCGGCUCUCGCACUGGGAACAAGUCCAGCAAAUGGUUCAACAUUUCUGGAAACGCUACUACCAGGACUGCAUCCACCGCUACCAGGCCAUUUCAAAGUGGCAUCAUCGACGCAACCAGAUCAAGGUGGGUUCAGUUGUACUGAUCACCACUGAGGAUCUCCCGCCAACCAAGUGGCCAUUAGCCAAAGUAAUUGCUGUCCAUCCAGGUGAAGAUGGACAAAUCCGCGUAGUAACUGUUAAGACAGUUAACACAGAGCUGGUACGUCCAAUUACAAAGCUCUGUGUCCUGCCGCUAACGCAUGAAGAAGAUGAUCUUGUCGACGCAGCCGCCAACCCGGGGGAGAAUGUUCGGUGA